CUUCCAUCACAGCAUCCAUUCGUACAUACUAUUUUCUAGCCCUGUGUCGAGGCCAACGAUGCUGCUCCCGCCGCAUCUCGCCUAACGCUCGUUUCUACCCAACCGUGUUGCUUGACCAAGAGGCUUGGACCGGCGUCCGUGCUGUGCUCGUCUCGCUGUAGUCGACCGGCAUCCGCUGCCCGCCCACCCGCCAGCCUAGGACAGGACGCAGACCGUUGUACGUACCUACUUCGGCUGCAGCACAGUCAGUCAGUACACGUACGUGCUCGUACCGCUGGCCUCGUCGGUUUCACCCCCUCGUUUGCCCACUCUCUCGCUCGCUCGCUCGACCUUCUCGCCCGUCGAGCCCCAUCCGGUACCUCCACUCGUCAUCGUCGUUUCUCCCCUUGAAGCAGUGCCUAGCUGUCGGGCUGCCCGCCGUUUCCUUCGCUUGCUCCGCUCCGUUUCUGCUCCUCUCUCUCUCUCUCUCUCUCUCUCGCUCUGCGGCGGCCAGAUCACCAGCGGCCACGACCACAGCCACGACCACCCAACAACCACAACCACGACGAGGCACGAACUGAGCUGAGCCCGACACCGAUUGUCCCCUGCUCUGCUCGCCUGCGGUCCGGUCCUCAGCCCGACCGCCAUCGCUCGUGUCACCCCUGCAUCGCUUUUCUUUUGGAGAUUAUUGUGAGUGCGUCCAACUAAGAGCGUGCCCCAUUCCUUUCUCUCCCGCCAGCGACUGCAUGCCUGCCACGUCCGGCCAACCGCCAGGUUUCAGGUUUCACAGCCAGGCCAAAGCAAAUCGCUUCCGUCGCUGCUCAACCCAUUUGCAUUCCCGUCAUUACAAGCGGCUCAUUGUUAACGUCCUUUGCCUGCAGACUGUGCCUUGCUAGCGUCUUGUCUCUUGCUUCCCGCCUCAGGCCCAAGCCGCCCACCCCCCCGACCCGACCGGUCCGACGACGGCUCGCUCGCCGCUUCUGCCUGUCCGUCAUUGCACAACCGCCGCCAGCACCUCGUAUCGCCCCUCAGCGGCCGUGCCUCGCAAGCACGGAACAACAGUCCACUCUCGGCACGGCAACACCUACGCGAAACCGACACAACACUCGUCCUCUUCCCAUCUCGCAUCUCGGACCACACGAACGCCUGGCCCUGCCACGCUCGACAGGCGGUCUACAUGCCUAGAUUCUCGGUCGCCUUUUCCCGGCGCAAGUCCGCCGCCGACGAGUUCGAGCAUGUGCCCAUAACGACACCCGAGCAGCACUCGUUUCGCGUCAUCGAGCGGAAGGAUGUUGCCAACAACCGGACCUUUGACGGCGGAGCCAAGAUGGCCCGCGCCUCGGCCAAUGUGACCCCGAAGCCCAAUUUCCUGGAACUCAACGGCGAGGAUAACAUGUUUGCUGACCUAAAGACGAAUCGUGGUAGCGGCCUUUCCAACACGACGAAUGCCACGUCGACCGAUAAUUCUUCUCGCCACAGCAACGCGUCGACGGCCCCUUCGUCGACGGACUUUGCUGGUGGCAGCGGGAACGACGACUACCGCCACACUGCGAAGCCUCCCCCGCUGCAGCGGCCACCGCAGUCACAGCCCCAAGAGUCUCCAGGCCGUGGGAGCCUCAAGUCCAGUUUUCUGGACCGAGCCACCCGCACCUUUUCCUUCGGCGGACAAAAGAAGCACACGAUUCCCCCACCCAAGGAGUCGUCGCCUAUCCCUGACGUGCCCCCGAUACUCACCUUUCAGAGCGGGGAGGACGCCGGAAAUAGGUCACGGGGCCUGACGGCGUCGUCGGUGAGUACAGCAACGCCAACUCCACAGGAACAAUCUGGACUGGAUUUGGGAGCGGACUUCGGCUCUAUGAUGCCCUCUUUUGACAAAAGGGCAAGCAUGGCAACCUUGAAAAAUGACGCUUUCAUCGAGCCCCGAUCCCUUACAGGAAUUCGACACCUGCAGCCAGCCCCAAUGAGCCCAGACAGUUUCCAGCCGUCGGAGCCGCUGUUGAGCGGCCAGAGCAGCACGAGUGAGUCGGACACGGCGCGCAACGCCUACGAUACGCCGCCGCCGCCUGUGCCUCGCCACCAGACUCCCGGCUCCUUCAAAUAUGCGAACCGCACUUCGGAUGUGGUGGAAGACGAAGACGCUAAGCUUCUUAGAGAUUCUGUCACGGCGAUGAAGUCUUUGGCGGCGGAAGAAGGGCAGCGAAACGAACCCCGCGAACCCCAGACUUAUCGGUACAGGCGUGAGGAUGACACGUUCGCUGCGCCCCAGCAUCGCACCAUCGCCUCUACAUUCAACAAGGAGGAAAACAUGUUCGAGGGAAGCGCGUCUCGGUUUUCUCGGCCGUCUCAACCGUAUACUCCUCGGUCAGCCAGUAACAGGCCACCACAGAACAAGGUCAUGACUCCCGCAGAAUUUGAAAAGUACCGACAGGACAAGGAACGAAGCUCAAACGACAAGGCGGCUGUCUCCGCCGCAAAGGAGGCGGAUGAGGAAGACGAGAUUAACUACGAUGACGACGACGACGAGCAGGAAAAGUCGAAGCAACAGGCAAAGCAGCGGAGGAAGCAAGAGGCACACAUGGCUGUCUAUCGGCAGCAGAUGAUGAAGGUCACAGGGGAGCCAACUCCAAGCACGCCGAUUCAGCGGACCGGACGUCCGGGCCUGCUCCCAUCGUCGAGCGCGCCACAGCUCAGCCAGAUGAAGGCGCCCUCGCCGGACCCAGCCAUUGGGGCAUCCGAUGAGGAUGAUGACGAAGACGUGCCUCUUGGCAUUCUUCAAGCUCAUGGGUUCCCGACCAGGAACCGGCCGCCAACGAGGCUGAGCCAGAUGCCUUCGAACUCCCACCUGCGCUCGUCGUCCCAGGGACCGCCCCCCGGCCGUCCGGCGUCUGUCGUGACAGACUCUCGUCGACACUCCGUCCUCCCCGCGUUUGCCAGGAACCUGCCACAGGAUCCCUUUGUCGGGGCUAGCAUCGUCAAGCCGGCCGUGAGAGAGUCGCUUGCGUUCGGAGGUGACGUGGGGCAGUCGCCCAGGCUGCAGGUGCCCAACGCUCCCGGCGGCCUCGUUGGCGUCAUCGCGAGUGAGGAGCGAUCGAGAGCCAUGCGCCGGGGCAGCCCCAGCAUCGACCCUCAUCAGAUGGCUGCCAUGAACGGGCCUCAAGGUCCCGGUUUCGACCCGGUCGGCGGCAUCCCCCCGCACAUGAUGUACAACGGCAUGCCCCAGAUGCCCCAGCCGAUGCUCACGCCCGGCGACCAGGCGCAGAUCCAGAUGACGCAGCAGAUGCAACAGUUCAUGCAGAUGCAGAUGCAGUUUAUGCAGAUGAUGGCGGUAAAUCAGAAUGGUGGGGGGCCCCCGAUGCAGCCACCAAUGCAGCAACACAUGAUGCAACCGGGGCAGCAGUUCGGCGGCCCGUUGCCGUACAACCAGUCCAUGGUUGAUCUACCGUCCCGACAUUCGAUGAUGGCUGAGCCGAUGCCAAACAUGAUGGAGCCGCGCCGCAUGGAUUACGGCAUGCGGACGAUGAGCAUGGUGCAGCCCAGCUCCGCAUCCUUCAUGCAGCCACCACCGGCACGGCAGGGCGCUCCAUCCAUCCGCGGCUCCAUGGCUGGAUACACGCCCUCGAUUGCCCCUUCGGAGCGCAGCAACAUUGGCCUGCCUGGCCGCUACCGGCCGGUGUCGGUGGCCCCCGCAUCGCCCGCCAUGGACGAAGCCCCGAGGCCCGUGACAAUGUCGGGGGGGCUUUCCAGCUGGAGCGACGACAAGAGCAAGUCGACCGUGAAGGCGGUCCCCAAGGAAGAGCAGAGUGCGGGAGGCGACGAAGACGACGACGAGCAGGGUUGGGAGGAGAUGAGGGCCAAACGCGACAAGAAGCGGUCACAGUGGAAGAGCAAAAAGAGUUUCUUUGGCGACCUGGCACUGUGAGCCAGACUGACGGCUGGCCAAGACGCGUCGCGCCUGGUGGUGAAGGUUGAGUGGCUCAUUGCUUGCAUCAUUGUCCAUCUUUCUCCGUAUCAUUUACCCCUUUGAGUUCUCUCUCCUUUGUCGUCAUUGGGCUUGUGUAUUUUUUCUUGGGGAUAUCUGGCAGCCACGCCCGAGAAUUUCGCCACCAUCUCCAGCUAGAUAUCUGGUUUCGACUUUGGGCGUCAGCAGGCACAUAUUGCAAUGGGAAACUUUGGUCGCCCCAGGAUGGACCGCGCUCUGCGGACGAUAGAUAGACAUGGCUAUACGUGCUAAUUGACUAAUUGGAUGAUG